CGGGCGCGGGGACCGCCGCUUCCCUCCCCCGUCGGCCCCUCACCUGGCGGGGCCGCCCCUCGCCAGGGGGCCGGUUCCACGCGGGGCGCAGGCCUCGCCCGCCGGCCCUCCCCGCCGCAGCAGCAGCCGCCGCCGCCGCCGGGCCGCGCGUCCGCCGCCAGCCGGCUCAGGCCCCAGCCGCCGCCGCCGCCUCCCCCUCCAUGGCCGCCGCUCUCGCCGGCUGCAUUGUGGGAAGCUGACCUCACUCGCUGCUGCCGCCGCCCCGCCGGCUCCGGCACUCGCCGCCAUGGGGGCCGUGACCGACGUUACAGCCAGUACCAACGAAUGCUGAGUACUUUAUCACAGUGUGAAUUUUCAAUGGGAAAAACUCUUCUGGUGUAUGAUAUGAACCUGAGAGAAAUGGAAAAUUAUGAAAAAAUCUAUAAGGAUAUAGAAAACAGUAUAGCUGCUGCACAUGAGAAGAUUUCUGAAUGCAAAAAACAAAUCCUCCAAGCAAAAAGGAUUCGAAAAAAUCGCCAGGAAUAUGAUGCAUUGGCCAAAGUCAUACAGCACCAUCCAGACAGACAUGAAACACUGAAGCAGCUAGAAGCUUUGGGAAAAGAACUGCAACAUCUUUCUCACAUUAAAGAAAAUGUUGAAGAUAAGCUGGAGCUGAGAAGAAAGCAGUUUCAUGUUCUCCUGAGCACCAUCCAUGAACUUCAGCAAACCCUGGAAAAUGAUGAAAAACUUUCAGAAGCUGAAGAAUCUCAAGAAACUCAGAUGGAAACAGAGACCAAACAGUAGAUGUAAUAUGAAGACUGACUAUACUAUUGAAGAACGUCCAAGUGUCUUCACUUGUGUUGAAACCAACAGUAAGAGAGACAGAGCCGAAAAUAGUUUUCUACUGCUUCUGUGAAUUUUUAUACA